AUGCUUUUCUACUGCCUCCUGCCUUAUCGCAACACCUCAAGAAAUCUUUUUCAAAAUCGUUUGUCACUUGAGCUCUGCUGUGUGACAGAUGCAGGGGCUUUAAUCCAGGAUGAACGAAUGCUACUAUGAUAAGCACAUGGACUUUUUCUAUAACAAGACAAACACUGACACAGUGGAUGAGUGGACAGGGCCAAAGCUUAUUGUUGUUCUGUGUUUUGGGACAUUUUUCUGCCUCUUCAUUUUCAUUUCAAAUUCAUUGGUCAUAGCAGCCGUGGUCAAGAACAAGAGGUUUCAUUUUCCCUUUUACUAUCUCCUGGCCAACUUAGCUGCUGCAGACUUUUUUGCUGGAAUUGCCUAUGUCUUCUUGAUGUUCAACACUGGCCCAGUGUCCAAGACAUUAACUGUUAACCGCUGGUUUUUGCGUCAGGGUCUUCUGGACACCAGCCUGACAGCUUCCCUGGUGAAUCUCCUCGUCAUAGCUGUUGAGCGGCACAUGUCGAUAAUGCGGAUGAAGAUCCACAGUAAUCUCACAAAGAAGAGAGUCACCUUUUUAAUUAUAUCAAUUUGGGCCAUUGCUAUUUUCAUGGGUGCUGUUCCUACCCUGGGUUGGAACUGCCUCUGUGACAUUACUGCCUGCUCAUCCCUGGCGCCCAUUUACAGCAGAAGUUACCUGGUGUUCUGGAGUGUCUUAAACCUAGUCGUCUUCUUCAUUAUGGUGGUGGUUUACAUAAGAAUCUACAUGUACGUCCAGAGGAAAACUAAUGUCUUGUCGUCGCACACUAGUGGAUCCAUUAGCCAUAGGAGAACCCCUGUGAAGCUUAUGAAGACUGUCAUGACUCUCUUAGGUGCCUUUGUUGUCUGCUGGACCCCUGGCCUGGUCGUCUUACUGCUCGAUGGUCUGAACUGCACCUACUGUGGGAUUCAGAAUGUUAAAAGGUGGUUUCUUCUCCUGGCCCUGUUGAACUCUGUCAUGAAUCCAAUAAUUUAUUCAUACAAAGAUGAUGAGAUGUGGGGUACCAUGAAAAGGAUGAUUUGCUGCUCCUCUGAGGAUAAAAGCCAGGACAGACGCUCAUCACGGAUCCCCUCGACGGUUCUCUGCAGGAGCACGGAUACCUCGGGGCACUACAUUGAAGAUGGCAUUAUUCAAGGGACAAUUUGUGGAAAAGGAGAUCUUGGUGACAAAGGAAACUCCUGA